AUGCGCAUCUUGUUUCUCUGCACGGCGCACAACUCGCUUUCGCAGCGGCUGUCUCUAGCCCUGUCCCGGGACCACUCGGUGACUGUUGAAUAUGCACUCUCAGAGGCGAUAAUGGUAGAGGCAGUUGACCUGGUCAAGCCGCACCUCGUCAUCUGCCCCUUUCUCACCACCAGAGUGCCACAGCAGGUCUACAACCACUACCUGACCUUGAUCAUGCACCCCGGGCCGCCGGGCGACGCGGGCCCUAGCGCGCUGGACUGGCUCCUAAUGGGAGACGACGGGAAUGAGACGGACAGCGAUAGAUUGCUCCUCAAUGACGCCUUCAAUGCGUCUGGACGCAGCUAUUGGGGCGUGACUGUUCUCCAAGCAGUCAAGGAGUUUGACGCUGGGCCAGUUUGGGCCUUUGACCAAUUCCCAAUCAACAUCAAUGAGCCGGGCUUGACCAAGUCGAGCCUGUAUCGAGGGCCGAUCACCCAAGCAGCCGUGUCCGCAGUUAUUACCGCCAUCGGGAGGAUUGAGGCUGCUGCGAGACUCAAAGCCACGAUUCUUGGCGAACCGCUGUCGCCGCCACACUCGCCCGCAUGCGAUGGAGGAUCCUUGUCACUGCACCACAGCCUCUAUACAAACCUCAUCGCCAAUCAAGCAUUCGGCCGGCUUUGCGUGUCCUCGACCCAACCCUUCAAAGGUGGCCAAACCCAUCGACGCCCGCUUCUCAAAGCAAGUCAGCGAGAAUUCGACCCGCAGCGACACAGUGCCGCCGAGAUUUCCCGCAGGUUGCGGAGCAGCGACUCCCAACCCGGAUGCCUGAGUACGAUAUUUGGUCCCAGGCUCUACCUGUAUGGCGGAAUCGUGGAAGACGUCACGUUUUCACUCGCAGCGAAUGGAAUCUUGCCUGGGAGUAUCGUUGCCUGCCGUGACGAAGCGGUCUGCAUUGCAUCUUGCGAUGGAAAGGGCGUCUGGGUCACACACGUACGGCGUGUCAAGACCAAGUCCGAUGCUGCUCUGUGGCCCAAGGUUCCUGCCGUCUCGGGCCUCACGGGGCUUGGCUGUUCUACCGAGCCAGUCAUGCAUCCAGAUUGGCUUCUCUCGCACUCCCCGCCAACAUUUGGCACACGUUGGUGUCAAGCACGACACGGCACGCACCAAGAAAUUUGGGUCGACUUUGUGUGCGAAAGCAUGGGAGUGGUGGCCUACGUUCAUUUCGACUUUUACAACGGCGCCAUGAGCACCAAGCAGUGCAGGCGGCUGUCCGCGGCUCUCGACCACGUCCUGUCGGGCUCUCAGCGUCCGAGCAGCAGACGGCUGGCUGCUCUAGUACUAAUGGGCGGCCGGUCAUAUUUUAGCAACGGAAUCCAUCUCAAUGUAAUCGAGGCGGCGGCCGACCCGGCGCAAGAAUCCUGGCAUAACAUCAAUGCCAUCAACGACAUUGUUGAAUGCAUACUGUGUCAGUUUCCCGGGCGCGGCAUCGCAACCCUGGCUGCGAUCCGGGGGAACUGUGCGGCCGGCGGCGUUGCACUCGCAACUGCUUGUGACACCGUCUUGGCUGGUGAGAACGUCGUCCUAAACCCGGCGUACCGCGCCUUGGGCUUGCACGGAUCCGAGUUCCACAGUCUCAGCUACCCUGCUCGUUGCGGCGCAGAUGGAGCCGCCCAUGUUCUGCGAUCGAUGACCCCGCUUAGCGCUGUCGAUGCCUCGCGACUGGGACUCGUCGACCAUGUGCUCGCCGGAUCAGACACAGUUCUCGACGCUGCGAUCCGAGACCGUGUUCAAGCUCUGUUGUCUUCAAGCCGAGAGCUCGCCUCUUGGAAACAGAACGUCGAUGUCUCUCCUGCCGCUCUUGUCCAGAUUCGCGCAACAGAGCUCGCGCAGAUGGCCAUGGACUUUUGGAGUGCGCGCUCCCUGCGAUACCACCAACGGCGCCACGACUUUGUGUGCAAAACGAGGUCUUGCUCUACACCCCUGCGAUUCGCAAGUCAUCGGCGGAGCCCAGGAAUGCUUGAUGAGGAGGAAGACGAUCGAUUUGACUCGGUCCAAUUUUUCGAACAAAAGGCAAGGCAAGGAGUGAUUCGAGACUUGUCGGUGCAGAUGGCGAGAUUGAUCAAUGACUUCUCGCAAAUGGGCUUUGAUGAGACGCACCGAUGGGCUCACGGCAGCGCUACGCCCGCCACAACUCUAAAAAGCUUGGUGAACAGCCCUCCACUCGAUAAAUCGGAUGAAUCCGGGCAAGGCGCCGAGAGAUAUUCCUCGGAGCCUAGUUUUCCAUGCUACUAUUCUGUAUAA